CUUCCCACUUUAGCCCGUAUGUAUAUAUCUAGUAGAUUGCAUGUGUUCUAGGUUCUUUGUCUUAUCGUAGUACAACAGUUAGAACUAAGGUCUUGGCUCUCUGGUUGGUCUGGUUAGACUAAAGUACGAAACACUACAUGGUGGCAGCGGUCCAGAAGCCAUGUCUUCUUCGGACCCCAGCUCGGUUCAACCCGCUUCCCGCGGAUCUUCCCCCGCCGGUGGCGGAGGCAGCAAUGGUGGUUCAGGUAGCUCCUCCGGUGGAGCGCCUUCUACGUCUUCUUCGGCGCCCGAGCCCGCCCAGGUUUCUCUUCCGGGGAUGGUUCACCUCUCACAGGUGUCCCCUCCAUCAUCGUUCAAUUUCCAGGCUGCAGAUCAGUGGGACCGCUGGCUGCGUCGUUUUAACCGCUAUCGUCAGGCGUCUGGUCUUCACACCCAACCGGAGUCGGUCCAGGUGAACUCCCUCCUCUACACGAUGGGCGAGCAAGCUGACGACCUACUGGACAGCUUUCAUCUACCUGAGGAUGACGUGAGUAAAUUUACCACAGUCACUGAGCGUUUCACUGCCCACUUCGGCAAGAAGAGAAAUUAUGUGUACGAACGUGCAUGUUUCCAUCAGCGCACCCAACAGCCCACGGAGUCACUAGAUGCAUUCGUAAAUGAUCUCUACCGCUUGGCAGAUAGGUGCAACUUCAAGGCCAUGCACGAUGAGAUGCUCCGGGACCGGUUGAUCGCAGGGUUAGCAGAUGCACGUCUUUCUGAACGCCUGCAAAUGGAUUCGGAUAUGACGCUGGAGAAGGCGCUGGCUCACGCUCGCCAAAGCGCUGCCAUCAAGGAGCAACAAACGACGGUACGCGCAGCAGCUGAUCAGUCGUUGUUUGCUGUCCGCCAGGAUCAGGGGCGGCUGCGUUCUAGUCGCGAUCGUCCUCCGCUGCGUGAUGCUCCCAGCUGCUCGCGCCACUCGACUCCAUCAUCUGAUUCUUGUCCUUGGUGCGGAUACGAGUCACAUCCCCGCGCACGAUGUCCUGCAAGUCGUGUAACCUGCAAAGGGUGUGGCAAGACAGGCCACUUUCAACGAGUGUGCCGCUCUUCACCACCAUCUGGUUCCUCCGGUUCUUCUGCACGACAGGGCACUCAUCAGUCCCCGCGGGGCACAGGUGUCCAUUCUCUCUCCAGCCACAGUGAUUCCUCUAGCUCGGCAGUGAGUUCUGCUGACGCAUUUCUGGGCACCCUCACCCAUGGCACAGGCUGGAAUCUCCCUAUGCUUCUGCACGGCAAGGCCAUAAGUUAG